AAGCAUCACGUGAGGCGCAGCGUGUGGAGAGAGAGCUAUAGAAGCGAAAAGGAGCUCUGCAAGAUUUCAAGCCAUGUCUACUGAAGAGACGACAGCAGACAAGGAGAAGGUUAGUCGUGCAGGUUUUCUCCCUGCACGGGUCACUCUGCGUGCGUAACAACGCAGGAGGAGGCCGAGCCAGACGUGCACUUCGAACCGGUGGUAGAACUGGCGCCAGUGGAGCUGAAAACGAACGAGGAGGACGAGACGGAGCUUUUCAGAAUGAGGGCCAAGUUGUUUAGAUUUGACUGCAGCUCGCAGAGCCCCGAGUGGAAAGAGAGAGGAGUAGGGGACGUCAAGUUUAUGGAGCACAAAAGCAAAGAUCGCAGCGUGCGACUCGUCAUGAGACGAGACAAGACACAUAAGAUAUGUGCCAACCACUUCAUCACUCCAGACAUGAAGCUGACUCCAAGCUCCGGCAGCGACAGGGCGUGGGUGUGGACAGUGCAGGCAGACUUUGCGGACGAAGAAGCAAAGGUUGAGCAGUUAGCCAUUCGCUUCAAGAACCGAGAGAAUGCUCUACAGUUCAAGGAACAGUUUGAGAGGUGUCAGGAGCGGGCGGUAAACAGCGAGACAGAUGAUCUCACUUCAGACCUAAAGACACUGAAUCUCGAAGAAGAGGAAGAAGAGGAAAAGGGAGAAGAAACGCCCACUCCCGCACAAACAGAGGAGGAAAAGACUGGGACCACUACUAGUGAAGACCCUGUACCGCAAUAGUUUCGUUGUGUUCCCGCA